CCCAGAGGCAGGAAUUUCUGGGAUGGGCAGAUGGUGCACUCCCGCCUCCUCCUUUUCCAAGCCUGAGGGGGUAGGGCGGUGAAAACCUCUGUGGCUUUCCAGUCUCCCAGCAGGGAGCCUAGAGUGUAUCCAACAGUGACGACUGGGGUGACGGAUUGAGCCUUUGGUUUGCAAGGGUAGUUAGACCCUCAGGAGGGGUGGAGCGCUGAGGGCGCUGAGUUUCCGCGGCGCGUGCUGGGCACCGGUGAGCCCAAUGGUUAGCAAUGCUGCUGCUGUCGUCGCUGCUGCUGUUGCUGGGGGCGCCGCAGGGCUGUGCGGAGGGCGAGGCGGCGGUUCUUCCUUCUGAGCCGGUCACCGAGUGGCAGGAUAAAGGAAUAUUCGUGAUCCAAAGUGAGAGCGUCAAGAAAUGCAUUCAAGCAGGCAAAUCUGUACUGACUCUGGAGAACUGCAAACUACCCAACAAGUACAUGAUGUGGAAAUGGGUUUCAAACCAUCGCCUCUUUAACACUGGAGGCAGCGGUUGCCUGGGUCUGAAUUUAUCUGAUCCAGAGCAGCCGCUAAGCAUAUAUGAGUGCGAUUCCACCCACGUUUCCUUGAGGUGGCGCUGCAACAGGAAGAUGAUCGCCGGCCCACUGCAGUACCUGGUGCAGGCGAAGAGCAACGUGCUGGUGGCCUCCCGGAAGUAUCUCCAUAAGUGGGUUUCCUACCUGUCAGGAGGUGGAGGCAUUUGUGAAUAUUUGCACAAAGAUCUGUAUACUCUGAAAGGGAACAGCCACGGGACACCAUGCAUGUUCCCCUUCCAGUAUAACCACGAGUGGCAUCAUGAAUGUACCCGGGAAGGGCGGGAAGACAACUUACUGUGGUGCGCCACAACAAGCCGAUAUGAAAGGGACGAGAAGUGGGGAUUUUGCCCUGAUCCCACAUCUGCAGAGGUGGGCUGUGAUGCUGUCUGGGAGAAGGACCUCAAUUCACACAUUUGCUACCAGUUCAACCUGCUUUCUUCUCUCUCCUGGAGCGAGGCCCAUUCAUCGUGCCAGAUGCAAGGAGGUGCUUUACUGAGUAUUGCAGACGAGACUGAAGAAAACUUCAUAAGGAAGCAUUUAAGCAGGGGAGCAGUCGAAGUGUGGAUGGGUCUGAAUCAGCUGGACGAGCAUGCCGGCUGGCAGUGGUCUGACAGAGCUCCGCUCAACUAUCUGAACUGGAACCCAGAAAUAAAUUUUGACCCAUUUGUUGAAUAUCACUGUGGAACAUUUAAUUCAUUUAUGCCAAAUGCCUGGAGAAGUCGGGACUGUGAGGCCACCCUACCUUACGUGUGUAAAAAAUACCUGAACCACACUGAUCAUGAAGCAGUCGAAAAAGAUGCUUGGAAAUAUUAUGCCACCCACUGUGAGCCUGGCUGGAAUCCCCACAGUCAUAAUUGCUAUAAACUUCAGAAAGAAGGAAAGACCUGGAACGAGGCUCUGCAUUCUUGCCAGUCCGAUAACAGUGCCCUGGUAGACAUAGCUUCACUAGCAGACGUGGAGUUCCUUGUGACCCUCCUUGGAGACAAAAAUGCAUCAGAAACAUGGAUUGGUUUGAGCAGCAAUAAAAUUCCAGUUUCCUUUGAAUGGUCUAAUGGCUCCUCCGUCACCUUUACUAAUUGGCACACACUUGAACCACAAAUUUUUCCAAAUAGAAGCCAGUUAUGUGUCUCAGCAGAGCAGUCUGAAGGACACUGGAAAGUUAAGAAUUGUGAAGAAACACUUUCUUACAUUUGUAAGAGAGCAGGACAUGUCCUUUCUGAUGCUGGAUCAGGCUGCCAAGAAGGAUGGGAGAGACACGGUGGGUUCUGUUACAAAAUGGACAUGGUCCUUCGGAACUUUGACCAUGCGUCCAGUGGCUAUUACUGCCCUCCUGCACUCGUAACCAUUACGAACAGGUUUGAACAGGCUUUUAUUACCAGUUUGAUCAGUAGUGUGGCAAAAACAAAGGACAGUUAUUUUUGGAUAGCUCUCCAAGACCAAAAUGACACAGGAGAAUACACUUGGAAGACAACAGGGCAGAACUCAGAGCCCGUGCGCUACACACACUGGAAUGCACAUCAGCCCCGCUACAGUGGUGGCUGCGUUGUCAUGCGAGGAAGGAGUCCAGCUGGCCGCUGGGAAGUGAAAGACUGUACACACUUUAAAGCAAUGUCCCUGUGCAAGCAACCAGUGGAAAAUAGGGAGAGAACUGGGCAUGAAGAGAGAUGGCCCUUUCAGCCCUGCUAUUUGGACUGGGAGUCAGAGCCAGGCCUCACCAAUUGCUUCAAGGUAUUUCAUAGUGAAAAAGUGUUGAUGAAAAGAACAUGGAGAGAAGCUGAAGCAUUUUGUGAAGAAUUUGGAGCUCAUCUGGCAAGCUUUGCCCAUAUCGAGGAAGAAAAUUUUGUGAAUAAGCUUUUACAUUCAAAAUUUAAUUGGACAGAAGAAAGGCAGUUCUGGAUUGGAUUUAAUAAGAGAAGCCCACUGGCCGCCGGCUCUUGGGAGUGGUCUGAUGGAACUCCUGUUGUCUCUUCAUUUUUAGACAAUACAUAUUUUGGAGAUGAUACAAGAAAUUGUGCCAUUUAUAAAGCAAAUAAAACAUUGCUGCCCUUGCACUGUGGUGCCGAACGUGAAUGGAUAUGCAAAAUUCCAAGAGAUGUGAAACCCAAGAUUCCACCCUGGUACCAGUAUGAUGCACCCUGGCUCUUUUAUCAGGAUGCAGAGUACCUUUUUCAUAUACAUGCCUCGGAAUGGUCCGCCUUUGAGUUUGUCUGUGGCUGGCUGCACAGUGAUCUUCUCACAAUCCAUUCUGCCCAUGAGCAAGAAUUCAUCCAAAGCAAAAUAAGAACGCUAUCAAAGUACGGUGUCAAUUGGUGGAUGGGACUUCAAGAAGAAAAAGCCAAUGGUGAAUUUCGUUGGAGAGAUGGAGCUCCGGUAAUAUACCAGAACUGGGACAAAGGAAAAGAAGGAUCUAUGAAAAAUCAGAGCCACAAAUGUGGCUUCAUUUCAUCCAUAACAGGACUCUGGUCUAGUGAAGAGUGUUCGGUUACUAUGCCUGGCAUCUGUAAGCGAAAAAAGUUUUGGGUCAUAGAGAAAGAGAAAGAUACACCAAAACAUCAUGGAGCAUGUCCUAAAGGAUGGCUAUAUUUUAAGUAUAAGUGCUUUUUGGUGAAAAUCCACAAAGACCCAAGUGGCUGGAAGAACUGGACGUCUGCUCGAGAUUUUUGUGUUGAAGAAGGGGGAACACUGGCCUCCAUUGAAAAUGAGGUGGAACAAGCUUUCAUUACAAUGAAUCUUUUUGGCCAGACCACUAAUGUGUGGAUAGGGUUACAAAAUGAUGAUUAUGAAAGAUGGCUAAAUGGAAAGCCUGUGGUUUAUUCCAACUGGUCUCCAUUUGAAACAAUAAAUAUCCGCAGUCAUAACACCGCCAAAGUUCAAAAACACAUUCCUCUCUGUGCUUUGCUGUCAAAUAAUCCUAAUUUUCAUUUUACUGGAAAAUGGUAUUUUGAAGACUGUGGAAAAGAAGGUUAUGGAUAUGUUUGUGAGAAAAUACAAGAUACUUCUGGACGUGGUGUAAAUACAUCUGACAUGUAUGCAAUCGCCAAUACCCUACAGUAUGGAAACAGAACUUACAAAAUAAUUAGUGCAAACAUGACUUGGUAUACAGCACUGAAAACCUGUCUGAUGCACGGAGCAGAACUGGUCAGCAUUGCAGAUCUGUAUCACCAGUCCUUCCUCACCGUCAUCCUCAACCAGCUGGGACGUGCCCACUGGAUCGGACUGUUCACUGCAGAUAAUGGUCUCAAUUUCGACUGGUCAGAUGGCACCAAAUCUUCCUUCACCUUUUGGAAAGAUGAUGAGUCAUCCGUGCAGGGUGACUGUGUUUUUGCUGACACCAAUGGGCGCUGGAGUAGCACAGCCUGUGAGUCAUUUCUGCAAGGAGCCAUUUGUCAUGUACCUACUGAAACAAGACCAUUUGGACACCCGGAGUUGUGCUCAGAAACAUCUAUUCCCUGGAUAAAAUUCAAAAGUAAUUGUUACAGUUUUUCUACAGUCCUAGACAGUAUGAGUUUUGAAGCUGCUCAUGAAUUUUGCAAAAAGGAAGGAUCUAAUCUUUUAACAAUCAAGGACGAGGCUGAGAAUUCAUUUCUCCUAGAAGAGCUUGUCGUGUUUGCUUCUUCUGCGCAGACGGUUUGGUUGAAUGCUCGGUUUGACGGUGACGAUAAAACCACGAAGUGGUUUGAUGGGACGCCCACAGACCAAUCAAACUGGGGCAUUCGGAAGCCUGAGAUGGACCCCACCAAAUCCCAUCUGUGCGUUGCCCUGAGGACCCCCACAGGAGUGUGGCAGUUAUCUCCAUGUCAAGAAAAAAAAGGAUUUAUAUGCAAAAUGGAGGCAGGUAUUCACAUAGUAAAGGAACAUCUAGAAAAAGGACCAAGCCACAGCAUGGUCCCACUGGCAGGGACACUGACGCUGGUGGCAAUUCUGGCCGUGGCCGCGCUUUCCUUCUGCAUGUACAGGCGCCGCACUGGUGUCUUCAGGAGGCUCGCAGAGUUUCGGAGCCCUUACUACCCGACGGCCAACUUCAGUGCCGUGCAUUUGGAAGAAAACAUUCUCAUUUCUGAUCUUGAGAAGAACGAGCAAUAGUAACGGAGGCGGAGGAUGCCGGAGCCACGGGGACGAGGAAGGACUUCAAGGGAAGCCACCUGUGGCUGUUCCCUUACAGAUGAGGUGCCACUUUAGCGUAAAUCGUGUCGUUAUUUGAAUUAUUCUUACAAUGACCACUGGUUUUGAAUUGUAACCAAAUCAGAUGUGUGUUGAUUUAUUCAUCUCCCCACCUGUGAUCUAUUCUUAAAAAGGGGAAAUUAUACAAUUUAAUCAGAAAACAAGAACUGUUAAGAGAAAUUCCCUAUUGAAAACUCUCAAACCAAUGUGAAUAAUAGUUUUUGCAAAAUGUUUUGGGAAUUUUAAAACUAUUUAGACAUUUACUCACACUCAUUCCAUCAAAAGAGAGGAAGGAAAACAAAAUUUAAAACCCUACGCUUAUACAAGAUAGGAAAAGGAAGAAGCUUCUGGGAGACUUAUUGUUUUUAAAGCAAUCUUUCUUAAUUCAAUCCGUUUUUGAAAAGUUCUGAUUUGUUCGGUUAAAAGUCACAGGUUCUGGUCUCUAAACUAAUAUUCAGGGUGACAUUCAUUUUUAUUAGUUCUGACUUCUCAAACUGAAGGCAAAGAAAAUUUACUUUUCUUCAAAUAGUAAAUUUUUGGUUAGCAGCAUGCUUUUAUAAGCAACCACAUAAGGUGGCCCAAAACCUUCAAUUACUAAUUAACGACUAAGUUUGACAGUUAAAAAUAUCUUAUAGAUAUACUUAAAAAUUAAUUGAGAUCUUUUACUAAAACUCAUAGGUUUUAUUAAAAACUAAAGAUAUAAAGUAAUAUAUAACACUCCUAAUAACCAAAAAUCAUGAAAUGUAAUUUGAAUUUAAAGGGGAAAAAUUGAAGAUCUGAAUUACAGCCCCAUUAGAAACAGACUCAAAAACAUGUUGAAAAUACUCAGUAAAUUACUCUCCAGUAGUAAUCUAGAUAUUUUGGCAAUCUGAGUUUAUUUGGAGAGUUCUAGUUAGUAAACCAUGGUUCUGGGGAACCAUCUCCAUUUGUAUUGGACUAAUAAGUGCAGUCAGUAAACCAUGAGUAAAAGCAUGAUACUGUCCAUAAAUUUAAAAUCACAGAUUUUAUCUUCCUUCAUUAAUUUCUUAUAAAGAAAAAUGACUUCAUCAUCAAUAUUUAAAGGCAAGAUGUGUUUCCUCAUUACAUAAAUGUUUUUUGAGUUCCUGUUAGAAGCCACGUGCCAUGCUAGAGACUGGAGGUUCGGGGUUAAGCAAGUCCGUGAGCCCCCUGUUUUCAUGGCACUUCUUUUCUAGUGAAGCAAAGCUGACAGCAAACUAGUAAAGAAAUGCAUGAGUAGAAAACAUCAGGUGGCUGUGAAAACUGAGCAAGUUUCUUUGAUGGAGGAAAACCCAGAGGAAUGCCAGGGCCUCCCCAGAGUGUGCAUUUUAAUUACCAUUUAACCAGCUGCCUCAAAACGGUGGCCAAUAGUCACAAGGUGGAGCUCCGAGAGAAGGUAUGAAUGAAUUUCCAGGUGGAAAAGCAUCAUCACUGGAAAUACCAUUUGAAGGCACCCACUCAGAAUGAAGUACCCAUGGCCUGAAACAGUUAAUACAGCUUCCGAAAGCAGCUCUUUGCUACCCCUGUGUGUGUGGUUUACACACUGGAAUGAUCAACUUCCACCAUUUUUGUUGAGUUUUGGGACUUAAUUUUUUAAAAGAUAUUAUAUCAUGUGACAACUGUAUAUUUAUGACUCAAACAAAUGAUUAGCUUGAACUAACCAGAUGGUAUAAAAGCCCAACUUAAUAAUCUGUCAUGUGAAAUUGAAAUUAAAGUUUUGUUCUUUUCAGUGGACUUGGUAAAAAAAAAAAUACUGCUAAUCAGUUAGCCUUCCAGUCAAAGUAUAUUGAAGUGGAAUCGUCACACAUAGCAGUUUGACAAAGCAUGUCCUGUGCGAAGUGGUUUUGCAGGAAGAAACCGUGCCCCUUGUCAGUGCUCCAUCCUUGGCUGUCACGUGCUGAGCGGCGUCUUCAGAGGCUCUGUCCCCAGGGACAGAACGUGCAGUGCUUCACAUUGCCGGGAUUUCAGAAAUAGAGUACUGAGCCAGUCUCUUGUAUUCAUACAUGUACACUUUUAAAAACUUUUUUUCAUAUCUAUUUUUAAGCUGAACUUCACUUCACAGCUACAGCAUGAAAAGAAAAAAGCAACAGGGUCACAAACUCAUUCACACAUAAUUAAUGUGCCCCCCUCCGAAACAAUCAACUAGUUUCUAUGACUCUGGGUAAUGGAAAGUCUUGGAUUUUCUCAUCAAAUCCAAUGGCUCUUCCAAUUCCAACAGUCUUGCAGUUUAAAUGUUUCUUCUAUUGAAGGUCCACUCCCUAUCAAGCAUGGAUUAGAUGGUCUCUUUAGAUAAACAUUCAGUCUUUUGGAGUUUUCUUUCCUUUCUAAAAGGGAUGGUUGGGUAUGCGAGAGUUCUCUGUACCUUCUGUCCUGGUGGCACUGGGAAAAGGUGAUGACUGACUGGGUGUGUAUUACCUGGUGUCCACUAAAGGUAGUUGUCUGGCCCCACUCCUGAGAAUUCUGCUGGCACCUGCUACGAAGCCUGUAAUUGGUACAACCUGUAGUCUGUUCUUUUUGAUCUGGCCCCAUCCCUACUUUCCUUGGCACCACCUGCUCCCCAGAGAAUUGGCGGUGACUCCCAUUCCAUUCCCUACAUGGACACUGCAGUGCUUGGCCACAAGCCCCUUCACCCCUGCAGUAAUCAGACCCUUCCAGCACUAUCCCCUACUCUGUUAGUCAGGGGAGGCUAAAUGCUGUAGCAAACAAUCCCCAAAUCUUGAUGAUUUAACACAGCAAAGGUUUGUUUCUCAUCCACACUGACAUGGGCUUGCAGGAGGACUUGGCUCGACUCAGUCAUUCAUAGGUCCAAGUUUUCCCCUAUAGUCAGGCCUCCACUAGGUCUCCUACUUCUGCCUACAGAAGAAGUUAACUUGACAUCCAUGUUUGACUAAUUAUGUAGCUUCCGUGGGCUAUUGAAAUGCAUUCUCCAAGUAAAGUCUUCAAACUGAGGACACGUACCCUGAAGGUGCAUAAAGAUUUCCAAGGGACACUGGGGCAUGAGUAUAUUUAAGGAGCUCAGUUUCUAGAAUCUCUAACCUUCAUAGUUUUAAGUUUUAAUUUGCAUGAGCAUACCCCUGAGGUCAUGGUGUCAUAUUGGUUCUCAUUUCCUAUCUCUUUUUAUACAAAUGCUUGUCUCUACCUUAAAAAAAAAAAAGACAUGGCUUUCACUCCAAAUCUUACUGUGACCUCGUACUGUGGGAAAAGCCUCCAUGGCACCAAACAAAGAAAAAAAAUCAAAGUAAUGAUGUCAGUGAAGCUUUUUAAUAAAGGAAUUAUCAGCCCGAUUUACAGCUUCAUGUCUUCUCCUGUGUUCAAAAUGCGCUCCUACCUUUUUCUGCUCAGGGUGAAGUGAUGAGUUAGAAAUUCCAUUCGGGAUAUUCUAAGUUAAUGUGCAUUGUGUAGUGGAACAGCAGGGGUGAGAGCCACUUUAAGACUCUGUUUCAUCCAGCCCCUGGAGGGAAAAUCUGGUGAAAGCGAGGACAAUAUAGACAUUGACAAGAACCUGAUGUCUUAACUGUAUCCUGGUAAAAAGCUCAUGGCAAAGCUCU